AUAGAAACAGAGGGAGGACCCCCCAAAUAAAAAAUAAAAAAAGCCUUUCUUUCCAUAUCAAUAUAUCAUACCAUCAGAUCUGUUCUUCCUUUGAAUAAAUCCAGAAGGAAAAUUCUAAUUUUGAAUCUGGCUCAAGGUUCAUCGUCAAAGAGUUUGUGUGCUGGCGGAGAUAAGGAUUUUGAUCCCAAGUUUAGAUUUUGAUGGACCAUGAUUUCUGUUUGGAUGGGAGGUGUUUGUGUUUUUAUUGGAAAAUAAGAGGUAUCCUGAAGAGGGAAACUUUCUUAUGGGAAGGUUCAAGUACCUUUCAAAUGGAUAUAUUACUCUGUAUAAGUUAAACUCAUUGAGAAAUAUUCUUUCUGGAUGGUUUUUCAAACAGUUUCAUCCUUGAAAUAUUGCAAAUUAAGCACUUAGUUUGUUCCACUCAAAACAUGCUGAUGGGUUUAGCUUAUUUGUUAUCUUUCUUGUGAGAGAAAGAGAAUCUGACCGCGUGUGAUCUAUGUGCCUGUUAAAUCUAGUUUUGGACCGGUAACCACUCACUGGUUUUUAUUUAAGCAAUGCAGUGGCAUCUUGGAGGAUAUCAAGAAGCAGCAGCAGCUACAGGAACAUAUGGUAUUAUGGCCUCUGAGAAGGAAGACUUUAGCCUCUCAGGACCCUUGCACCUUGCUAUUGUCGACUGGACAAAUGCACAUCAUCGAAGAUCUGUUGCUGCCAGUUUGGUUCAGGGUGUCUACAUUCUAGAGCGGGACCGCCAGCUGAAACGUCAAGGUCCCCAAGCUCUUGCUUCUCCUUGGUGGGAGUUCUUUCACUUUCAGUUGCUUCGUCACCUUGUAGAUGAUGUGGAUUCCUCCAUUUUUGCUGCAAUUUAUGAAUUCAAGCCACCAAAAUCUCAUUAUCACAAUUCAUUAGAUGAAAGCCCUCGUUACGUAAUUGCCUUCCGCGGCACCAUAACCAAGCCAGAGUCUGUGUCACGGGACCUUGAGUUGGACCUCCACAUUCUCCGAAAUGGACUCCAUCAGACAUCCCGGUUUGAGAUUGCUAUCCAAGCAGUCCGAAAUGUGGUUGCUACUGUAGGUGAAUCAAAUGUCUGGUUAGCUGGCCAUUCCCUGGGAGCGGCAAUGGCAUUGCUAGCUGGAAAGACCAUGGCCAAGACGGGCAUCUUUCUUCAAGCUUUUCUCUUCAAUUCACCAUUCUUCUCUGCCCCAAUUGAGAGGAUCAAAGAUGAGAGAGUGAAACAUGGGCUCCGGAUUGCAAGCAGUGUGAUAACGGCAGGACUUGCAUUUGCGACAAAGAAGAGCUAUCAUAAUAAUCGAUCUGUCGAUCCAUUUGCUGCUCUUUCUGCAUGGAUCCCAUUUCUCUUUGUCAAUCCAGGUGAUCACUUAUGCUCAGAAUAUAUUGGGUAUCUUGAGCACAGGAAGAAGAUGGAUGAUAUUGGAAUUGGAGCUAUUGAGAGAUUAGCAACCCAGAAUUCUAUCGGCGGUCUUCUCAUGAGUGCCAUGGGUAGGGAGUCAGAACCACUCCACCUCAUCCCUUCAGCAAACCUAAUUGUAAAUUUAACUCCUUGUCAGGAUUUUAGGGAAGCUCAUGGAAUUCACCAGUGGUGGAGACCUGAUUUGAACAUAAAAUCCAAGCUUUACAACUACAAAUAGUUCUGUGCAAUUUGUAGGUAUAUGGUGUCUUUUAUCUUGUUCUUGUACAUGUGUUAUUGGAGGAAGGAUUAUCAAAAUUUGAUUCAUUACUUUGUU